UGGAGGCCGGUGGUCCCUCCCAGGCCGCCCGUGCGGCGAGGCCGCGCCGCCCGUUCCCCUGCCCCCACUCUUACCUCGUCACCUCCCCGCCCUGUCGGCGGGCCCCCGAGGUGCGCGGCGCAGGCGCGGAGCGGGCCGGCAUUUUUUACCAUCUGUGAAAACUUCCCUGUAAUUCAUUUUUCCUCACUCCAGUUACACCAAAUAUGAAUGAAUAUCCUAAGAAAAGAAAAAGGAAGACUUUACACCCUUCUCGUUAUUCAGAUUCCUCUGGAAUAAGCAGAAUUGCAGAUGGAUUCAAUGGAAUUUUUUCUGACCAUUGUUAUAGUGUCUGUUCUAUGAGACAACCAGACUUAAAAUAUUUUGACAACAAAGAUGAUGAUUCUGACACAGAGCCAUCAAAUGACUUGCCAAAAUUUGCAGAUGGAAUCAAGGCCAGAAACAGAAAUCAGAAUUACCUGGUCCCCAGUCCUGUACUUAGGAUUCUAGACCACACUGCCUUUUCUACAGAAAAAUCUGCUGAUAUUGAAAUUUGCGAUGAAGAGUGUGACUCUCCUGAAUCGGUCAGCCAGCAGACUCAAGAGGAGAGCCCUCUGGAGGUUCACGCUGCCGAGGACGUUCCGAUUGCUGCAGAAGUGCAUGCCAUUUCCGAAGACUAUGAUAUAGAGACAGAAAACAACUCCUCUGAGAGUCUCCAAGACCAGACUGAUGAAGAGCCCCCGGCUAAACUCUGCAAAGUCCUCGACAAGAGCCAGGCCUUGAAUGUGACUGCCCAGCAGAAAUGGCCUUUACUGAGAGCUAAUAGCAGCGGCCUCUAUAAGUGUGAACUGUGCGAGUUCAACAGCAAAUAUUUUUCCGAUUUAAAGCAGCAUAUGAUCCUGAAGCAUAAGCGCACUGAUUCAAAUGUGUGUCGAGUGUGCAAGGAAAGUUUCUCUACCAACAUGCUUCUGAUCGAGCACGCCAAACUGCACGAAGAGGAUCCCUACAUUUGUAAAUACUGCGAUUAUAAGACGGUGAUCUUUGAGAACCUCAGCCAGCACAUUGCAGACACCCAUUUUAGUGACCACCUUUAUUGGUGCGAGCAGUGCGAUGUGCAGUUCUCCUCAAGCAGUGAACUCUAUCUCCAUUUCCAGGAGCACAGCUGUGACGAACAGUACUUGUGUCAGUUCUGUGAACAUGAGACGAAUGACCCAGAAGACUUGCAUAGCCAUGUGGUAAAUGAACAUGCAUGUAAAUUAAUAGAGUUAAGUGAUAAGUAUAACAAUGGAGAACACGGACAGUACAGCCUCUUAAGCAAAAUUACCUUUGAUAAAUGUAAAAACUUCUUUGUCUGUCAAGUGUGUGGUUUUCGGAGUAGACUUCAUACCAAUGUUAACAGGCAUGUUGCUAUUGAACAUACUAAAAUUUUUCCUCAUGUUUGUGAUGACUGUGGGAAAGGCUUUUCAAGUAUGCUAGAAUAUUGCAAACAUUUAAAUUCACAUUUAUCUGAAGGCAUUUAUUUAUGUCAAUACUGUGAAUAUUCAACAGGACAAAUUGAAGAUCUUAAAAUUCAUCUAGAUUUCAAGCAUUCGGCUGACUUACCUCAUAAAUGUAGUGACUGCUUGAUGAGGUUUGGAAAUGAAAGGGAGUUAAUAAGUCACCUUCCAGUCCAUGAGACAACUUGAUUGUUCUCCUUAACUUCCAUAAUGUUAAUGUAAAGUAAUAAAUUUGACUUUUUUGGAGAUGUUAAAAUGGAUGAUUUUAAACACAGCUUAUGAGAAUUACUUUUAACAAAUAAGAUUUUUUUAAUUGUCCAAUUUUCUUGGUAUUGCUGCAUUUUUUAGUAAAGAAUUGUAUCCUAAAUGUGGUAUUUUCAAUGCAUGGUAGUUCAUAGUUUGAACCACUCUUGGUGGCUAUCUUAUUUCUUGCAUGUGCUCUGAUUUCAUGAAUUGAUAAGAAACAGACAGACUAAAGAAACUAGACUACAGUUUUCCUUCAUAACCAAAGGUGCUAUUAACUUUUUCUGUUUUAAACUCAAGAUUAGCUCAGUUUUUCGUGUAUGAAGUCAUUAAAAUACUGCACUACCAGAACUAAAAGGCAAUAUAAUGUACAAUUAGUCCACCAAUACUCCCAUUCCUAAGAGCCCAGACCCUGCUUUCGCAGUCACCAUCAGUGAUUAUCCUCAGGGUCAUCAGUAGACUCUCCAUCAGUCUGAUUCUUUUAAUAACACUAGGAGUCCAGUGUUAUCGUAGGAAGGAAAGAUCCAGUUUUCUUGGUAGUCUGUUUUUUUUUUUAUUCUUACUUUAUUUUAGCUCUUCUCUAUGAGUUAAAUAAUUUAAGAUGAGGGUGGGGAGGACGGGUAAGGGGUUAUGCAAUAAAGAAGUAACUUUUCAUAACUCAUUCAUAACCUGUUCACAUUUCAUUUUCAGUUAUGCAACUGCAAAGUCAUGCCCCAACUUUUUUUUUUUCUUCUUCUUCUUCUCCCCAAAGCUCCCUAGUACAUAGUUGUAUAUUCUAGCUGUAGGUCCUUCUGGUUGUGCUAUGUGUGACGCCGCCUCAACACGGCUUGAUGAGUGGUGCCAUGUCUGUGCCCAGGAUCCAAACUGGCAAAACCUUGGGCCACCAAAGUGGAGCACGCAAACUUAACCACUCAGCUGUGGGGCCGGCCCCUCAUUCCCCAACUUCUCAUGUCAAAUCUUUUAUUGACUGAGAAAACCUACUGAAGUAUUAAUGUAGAAUUAGGAAAAUUUGGGAGAUAAGGGACUGCUGGCAUGAUAAUGUCUAAAUCUUAGCUUCUAUAUUAGUUUCGUGUGACUGCCAUAACAAAUUACCACAAACUGAAUGGCUUAAACAACAGAUUUGUUACCUCACAGUUCUAGAGGCUAAAAGUUCAAAAUUGGGCAAUGAAGGCAUAGUUGUUCCCUCUGAGGGCUGUCAGGGAAAGAUCUGUUCCCAUCCUUUCUCUUUGGCUUGUGGAUAGCAGUCUUCAUGUUGACAUGAUGUGCUCCUUGUAUGCAAGUCUGUCACCAAAUUUCCCCUUUUUACAAGGACCCCAGUCAUGUUGGAGUAGGGCUCCCCCUAAUACCUCAUUUUAACGUGGUAAAAACCCUAUCCCAAAUAAGGUCACGUCUUGAGGUACUGGGGCCUAGGACUGCAACCUAUGAAUUGGGGGGAGGGGAAGACACAACUAAACAAUUUAAUAGCAACUUCUUAAAUAGCAGUGUCAAGAAGAUAGAAUUUUGUAUAUGAUUGGCCUCAUUUAAUAAACACUGCUGCUAACAAACAAUAUGGUUGUUGAGGAAUAUUGUUAUAGUUGAAAAGACCAAUUUAUGACCUAUGAUUUUGCCACUUCAAGAACCGUAGGAAUUUAGUAUAUUUUGAGAAUGGUGGCAGCAACAAGUAUUUUCAAAACGAAUCAUUUUUAUCUCUACUAUUUUGUCAUACGUGCCUACCUGUGUUCCUCGACUCCAUUCCAUCUGAUUGUAACAUUCCAGGUAGGGCUGUCUGAAACAGAUGUUUCUUAGAAGACAAAAUUAUGAGAGUUUAAAUGGAGGAGAACCUUAAAAACCAUCUGGUCUAAAUCCUCUAGUUUUCUAAGUUUCUUGUAGAAAUAGAAACUUAGGUUGUUAUUAAGCCAAGGUCACAAAACUAGUUGUAGCAGACAGGAGUGGAAUCCAAGUUCUUUGGCUUCCAUUCUGGUGAUGUUCCCAUGACGCCAUGUUACAUGAAAAUCUAAGCUGUGUCCUUGGGGUGUUUUUCUUGGCUCCUUAACCCAGCCAUUCACCUACCUUCUUGGUAAUUCUGUUUUUGUACUUUUUUGAUAUACCUCCAGCUCCAGGAAUUUGAUUUUCAGGAAACAAAUAAGUAAUACCUUGAUUUAAUUCUGCAUUUUACGGCUUUACAUUUGAUCGGGUGUUAGUAAUCAAAGAGGUUGUAAUGAAAUUACUCGAGACAUUAAAUCCAAGUUUUAGAACCACAUAAUUUUGUACUUUUUGAUGAAUCUGCAGCUUAAGGCCACAUCUCACUGACAGGUUGGCCAAUAAAAACUUCUUUUUGCUUUGACUCAGCUCUCAAAGAAGUAUGACUGACCAUAAAUUGCUGAGGUAGCUUUUUUAGCUUAACAAACUUCUUUGGAAAAACAAACUAUCUAAAAAGAAAUUUUUCUAACUACUUUUGGAUUUUUUCCCCUCAAAGACAGACAUUUCCACUGAACUCUGGUAACCUGAACCACAGUUCAGUUCUGAGAGUACACACCUGAUAGUGGUGUCCAUCAGCACUACAACUGAAUUCUGGGCAGCCGUGAAGCGUAGUGGUGGCUCCUUCUUUCGCUUGCUUUUAUAUGCUCACCUUGCAAUGAGUUACUACUUUUGAAAUUCCAAAACGUUUGCCCUGUACUCCAAAACAUGAAAGUCACUGUGCUCUGCUCAAAACCUCUCCCCUUCCGGCUUGUAAAUUUGCUGGGUUUACCAUUUUAAGUCACCUUAGAUUUCUCUGAAUGUGUGUCAUCACAUAUUAACCAGUUUCUCAGUCUCACCGGGCCUCUUGUUUGGUGAUUGCUCAGCUGUUGGCAGGUGUAGUAUAUGUAGGUAUUUUUCUUUCCAUACACUCUGUUCCUAAUUUUUGAAUCUGAUUUACAAAGCAUUGACUGACUUAAUUUCUGGCACUUUACCAUAAACCUUACUUUGCUUGUUUUGUCAGACUUACUGCCUUUUGCAAGCAGUUUAAUAUAUUUCCCAAACUACUGUGAUUAAUUUUUUAAAGGAAUUUUAAUACCUAAAAAUUAGCACAAGUUAUGUAAAUUUGAAAAAGCUGAUAAAAAUCAAAUGGCUUCAGUCCUCCUGGGAAGCAGAUUGGUUUACCGAAAAGUCAAUACUCAUUAAGAAUUUAAAUGAAAAUAAAUAGUUAAGACCAAAUGUAAUCCCAAUGGAGACGCAAAUUAGGUGAGUCAGGUUUACCCUAUAAUUAACACAGCAGCAUCCCUAUAAAUUAAAAAUGAAAUUUUGGGAUGUAUAUUCCUUUUCCUGUAACUUUUGGCUCUGUUGAUUAAAGAUACAAGUAUCCACAAGAGAGAAUUUUUAUUCAUGGCAUUGAGUUUAUGGAUUUACAUAUACUCCUUAUAUUGAUGUAGCUUUCCAUAAAUUAAUCUUUUAAGACAACAUUCAAAUCUAAGAGAAAGAAAUGUGUACACUUGUGGCUUAAAGUAUAAAUUCACAAAGCUGAAAGUUGUCACAUAUAAUUUACAUGUUUAUAUAAAGCUAUGUAUUCAAUUUGUAAGUUUAAAAACUAAAAAUUUUAAGAGCCUGUCAGAGUCGUUUCGAGUCUCCUUCAUACUAGUGACUUGAGAAAUAAUUUUCUGGAUAAAGACUUUCCAUAUGAGAGCACCAGUCACUUCACCCUCCUUCUUAAGUUCAUUCUCUUUAGUCAGCUGGGUGUUAAAGUGGUAGCUGCCUGAACCCAAAAUAAAUCACAUUCGUGAAAAGUAAUUUCUUCAUUCUAAAAAGAAAUAAUUUUCUCACAUUGCUAAAUAGGAAUAUUGUAUUAUCUACUAGACUUAUUCCCAUACUUUGAGCGGUGAUUAUUUGGGCAGCUUUUAAAGGGAAUUUUUGCGAUCACGACCUUUAAAAGUUUGUUGUUGUUUAUUUUUGGUUUUAAAUAGGCAAAUGAAUAUAACCUGGAUAAUCUUUUUUCUUGCUAAAAAUUUUGAGCUGAAUGAAUUAUAUCCUUAAAAAUUUAAUGAAAAGUAUGUUUUGAAUGAAAACUCAAAGUUUUCUAGUUUUUAAUAUUUUCUCUAGAAAGUGUCCACUACCGAAAAACAUUGCAGUUGAAAUAAUUGAGAGUUUUGCCCUUACUCAUCAGGAAUUGGAAUCAUACCCAUCGAAUGUAACUUCUGGUAGGGCAUUUUUUUUUUUCCCUGCCUAAAAGCCAUUCACCGUGCCAUUCUGAAUUUUGGCGUGACAUUUGAGAAUACAGCAGUGCCCCCUUAUCCUUGAGUUCACCUCUAAAGUUUCAGUUACCCGCAGUCAACAAUGGUCCAAAAAUAUUACAUGGAAAAUUCCAGAAAUAAACAUGAAUUCGUAAGUUUUAAAUUGUGCGCCAUUCUGCAUAAUGUGAUGAAAUCUCACAUCAUCCAGCUCUGUCCCCUCCGGGACAUGAAUCAUCCCUUUGUCCAGUGUGUCCACGCUGUAGGCACUACCCAGCCAUUAGUCUCUUAGAAACUAUCUCAGUUCUCAGAUCGACUACUGAGGUAUCGCAGUGCUUAUGUUCAAGUAACUUGUUUUACUUAAUGAUGGCCCCAAAGCACAAGAGUAGGGAUGCUGGCAAUUCCGAUAUGCCAAAGAGAAGCCGUAAAGUGCUUCCUUUAAGUGAUAAGGUGAAAGUUCCCAUUUAAUAAGGAAAUAAAAUCAUAUGCUGAGGUUGCUAAGAUCGACCGUAACUUUCAUUCCAGUAUAUUGUUGUAAUUGUUCUAUUUUAUUGUUAUUAAUCUCUCACUGUGUGUAAUUUAUAAAUUAAACUUAAUCAUAGGUAUGUACGUGUAGGAAAAAACUUUGUACAUGUAGGGUUCAGUCCUAUCCACAGUUUCAGGCAUCCACUGAGGGUCUUGGAACAUAUCCCCUGCAGUUAAGGGGGGACUUUUGUAUUGAAUUCUCUUUUCCUGCCUACCCUGUUCAUUCGAUUUAGGGUUACCUUUUCUCUUUAUGGCAUUAUUCAUACUUCCAAAACAUAUUCCUCAAACUAUAUUCUAUGGCUGAUUACCCUCAUCUUUGCAACUCUUCUUCACUUCAUUUGGGUUUUCAGACAGUCUCAAAAAAUUAGAGUUUUCCCAAUUAACAAAAUGAGAGUGAAUUUGUUUUCUUUUAUUCUUCCUUCUCUCUAUUCUCAGAACUGCAUUAAAAUUAGCUACUCCCUUCACAUCAUAUACCACAUCACUCACUUUUAUACCCUACAAAUAUUUUAUAUAUUCCUGUCUAACAGCAAUUUGUGUUGAAUUUAUAAAUUUCACUGUCUAUUUUGGAUUUUAAGAAGCAGAAUAUCAUGGCACAGAUCUUAAUAAAUACUUCUCUAUGGUUACAA